GGGAAGCUGGCAAACAACAGGCUACAGGGAGCAGCAUUGCAGGACAGCCCUUUUCAACAAAGAGGAAGAAAUUGCUGUGCUCAGGUCCUCACCUUUCAGCAGUGACUCUGUGAUGCAAAUUCCAGGAGUUCCUGUGAUAAUCUUCUCUAUGGCCUCUUCUUGCUGACAUUUGCCCCAGAGUUGGGCACAAGGAGGAAGGAUGCUGAAGAAUGGGUACCCCCCCUUUGGCUUUUAGAACAUGGGCACUUGUGUAAAGAUGCAGCUGUGAUCCUCGGCUGUGUGUCUCACCGAAGGGACCUGAUGUUUUACAUCAUUGGUGGGAUCACGGUAUCUGUGGUAGUUGUUGUCUUCACCAUUAAGUUCCUCUUUGAGUUUGCCGCACGUAUAGUCAGCUUCCUUCAGCAUGGGGACCGGGAACGCCGAGGGGAGCGAACUAUUUAUGACUACGUGCGAGGCAACUACCUGGAUCCCCGGUCCUGCAAAAUCUCCUGGGAUUGGAAGGACCCCUAUGAGGUGGGCCAUAGCAUGGCCUUCCGAGUGCAUUUAUUCUAUAAAAAUGGGCAACCCUUCCCUGCUCACCGGCCUGUGGGGCUGCGAGUUCACAUCUGCCACGUGGAGCUAGCAAUUGAUAUUCCUGUAACCCAGGAAGUUCUUCAGGAGCCUAAUUCCAAUGUGGUGAAAGUGGCCUUCACUGUGCGCAGGGCUGGGAGAUAUGAGAUCACUGUAAAACUCGGUGGCUUGAAUGUGGCCUACAGCCCCUACUACAAGGUGUUCCAGCCAGGGAUGGUGGUUCCCUCCAAAACCAAAAUUGUCUGCCAUUUCUCCACUCUGGUGCUGACCUGUGGGCAGCAGCACACUCUGCAGAUAGUUCCCAGAGAUGAGUAUGACAAUCCCACCAGCAAUUCUGUGUCCCUGAUAGAUGAGCACAAUUACAGCCUCUCCAUCCAUGAGCUGGGUCCUCAAGAAGAAGAGAGCUCUGACGUUGUGUUUGAGAAGUCUGUGGUGUCCAAUCGGCAGACUUGUGAAGUGUUCUUCCGACUCACCUUGCACUGUAGGGGGUGUUUCCAUGCCUGCAUCUCCUACCAGAACCAGCCCAUAAGCAAUGGUGAUUUUGACAUCAUUGUUCUAAGUGAGAAUGAAAAGAACAUUGUGGAACGCAAUGUGUCCACCUCAGGUGUCAGUAUUUACUUUGAAGCCUACCUGUAUGAUGCUCCUAGUUAUACCAACACUCAGUGGCAACUUCCACCAACGCAUCUAAGCUCCUCCCAGCGCCGUCCUUCUACUGCAACUGAGGAUGAAGAUGAAGAUUCUCCCUCUGACAGCCAAACCCCUGAGAAAGUGAAGAAACCUAAAAAAGUGUACUGCUAUGUGUCACCUAAGCAAUUCUCAGUGAAAGAAUUCUACCUGAAGAUCAUUCCAUGGCGCCUUUUUACCUUUAGAGUAUGUCCUGGCACAAAGUUUUCAUACCUUGGUCCUGACCCUGUGCACAAAUUACUGACACUGGUGGUGGAUGAUGGGAUCCAACCCCCUGUGGAGCUCAGCUGCAAGGAGAGGAACAUAUUGGCAGCCACUUUCAUUCGCUCUCUGCAUAAAAACAUAGGAGGCUCGGAGACCUUCCAGGACAAAGUAAACUUCUUUCAUCGAGAGCUGCGUCAGGUGCAUAUGAAAAGACCUCAUUCGAAGGUCACGCUGAAGGUCAGCCGUCACUGUCUGCUGGAGUCGUCUUUUAAAGCAACACGAAAUUUUUCUGUUUCUGACUGGAGCAAAAACUUUGAAGUGAUUUUUCAGGACGAAGAAGCUCUGGACUGGGGUGGUCCACGCAGAGAGUGGUUUGAGCUCAUCUGUAAGGCAUUAUUUGAUACCACCAAUCAACUCUUUACCCGCUUUAGUGAUAACAACCAGGCCUUGGUGCAUCCAAAUCCAGGGCGUCCCACAUAUUUACGACUCAAAGUGUAUGAAUUUGCAGGCCGCCUAGUAGGAAAGUGUCUUUAUGAAUCAUCUCUGGGAGGUGCUUACAAACAACUGGUUCGAGCUCGCUUCACCCGAUCCUUCCUGGCUCAGAUCAUAGGACUUCGUAUGCAUUACAAGUAUUUUGAGACAGAUGACCCAGAAUUCUAUAAAUCCAAAGUUUGUUUCAUACUGAACAAUGAUGUGAGUGAGAUGGAUCUGGUCUUUGCUGAAGAGAAGUAUAGCAAAACAGGACAACUGGAGAAGGUGGUGGAACUGGUGACAGGAGGGGCUCAAGUACCAGUGACCAAUGAAAACAAAAUCUUGUAUCUAAAUCUGCUUGCGCAGUACAGAUUGGCCAAUCAGGUUAGGGAGGAGGUGGAUCACUUCCUGAAAGGUCUUAAUGAGUUAGUUCCUGAGAACCUCCUGGCUAUUUUUGAUGAGAAUGAGCUUGAGUUGCUUAUGUGCGGUACUGGAGAUAUCAGUGUUUGUGACUUCAAGGCACAUGCUGUAGUGGUAGGAGGAUCUUGGCACUUCCGUGAGAAGGUCAUGAGGUGGUUUUGGACCGUGGUCUCCAGUUUCACACAGGAGGAGCUGGCCAGGCUCUUGCAGUUCACAACUGGUUCCUCCCAGCUGCCCCCAGGAGGGUUUGCUGCGCUCUGUCCAUCCUUCCAGAUCAUUGCGGCUCCAACUCACAGUACUUUGCCAACAGCCCACACUUGUUUUAACCAGCUGUGCCUCCCUACUUAUGACUCCUAUGAAGAAGUGCACAAGAUGUUACAGCUAGCUAUCAGCGAGGGUUGCGAGGGCUUUGGCAUGCUGUGAUUUCCCCUUUCCAGGAGACCACUUAGCCUCCUGGCUCUUCGUGGUGAGACCCAGGUUCAAUCCUCUGCUUGUUCGCCUUUCCUUCACAUAGGCAAUGGAGGCAGAGCAAAGACUCCAUGUAAAGGAAUUUGUCAUCCAGAAGAUGUCACGUGGCCUUUCCGUAUCCCAAAUAUGUCAUCAAGAGCUCAUCUUUUUCCCUUACCCUCAUUCUCCCUUUGGCUCAAUGUGAAACAACAAAAGGACUGUGGUGCAUUCAUCAAGGAGAUAUUGCACUUGAUUUCCCUGCACGCUCUACACCCAUCCUGUAAGAAGAUGAAGUUCAUGAACAGAAGUUACAGUGAGGUGCAGGAGAUCUGCUGAGCUGCCUUUAUUGUAGCUCUCUGGGAGGAAGAGGGAAGACCAGCAUGAAGCUCUGCUGGACGCCUGGCUCACGGGAAGCCUUAGUAACUUUCCAUGUCUUGGCUCAACUCCCCCAGUGAUGCUCCCCAAUAGCUCA